AUGGAAUACCCGGCACCUGAAGAGGAAGAUCACGACCUCCCCGAUGUGGACCCGCGGCUUCGGUCCGUGGCCCAUGUUGGGUUGGCCCCCGUGGACUACCCCGACUUGCGCAAAUUAAAUAUUUGGAAUCGUAGAUUAAUCACGUCACGGAAACGUACGCAAAAUCUUUACGACCUUACUAACCUUUGGAAAAAAGUUGUAUUACAGAACCUAGAUGAGCUUAUAGCUAAUCCGCCGGAUAUGGCAACAUAUGAAAAUCCCGCGGCCUCGACGAAUAUCGAGGAGUUAUUCCAUGAUUCUCUCGUGGCGCAUACGCUAAGCGCUUCGAUAGCCGGGCCGUCCACAACGGCCUCACCUUCUCCGGAACCGGAGGGCUACGAAGACGAAUACGGCCGGCCGGGUUCGUCCCGGCUGGUGCACUUUGGGUCCGGUACUUCGGCUAGUACACGUCCGGUACGCUUCGGCGGAAAGUCGUCAAAACCGCGGGAAAGUCCUGAGGUCAUCGCCGGGCGGCUCGAAGCCGCUCCCUAUUGGCCGCCCCAGUGUUUUCGCACCAGGGAUCGAAACGGUUCGAUUCGUUGA